CGGUGACCACUGGGUGGAGGCUGCCAACUUCCACCUUUCCCGGCAAUUGGUAAAUUCUCAAAGCACAAGCAACUGAGGCCGCUGCGCAAGUUGAUCGUUAUCUUACUUGUAAAUUGCUUGUACAUUCUACAGAUGCGAGUUGGCAGGUCCAUCAAGUCUUCUGCUAUGAUGCUGCCGCCCGGUCUUUCCUAUCCCACUCAGACGGAAGGCAUGUCAGCACCUUAACGCCACAUGCGUUGCAGCCCCGCACAGUAUGGCGGCCGUCCCUUUGCAUCUCAGUAGGAUAAACCUCUCCUUUUGCCUCCUCAUUGUACUCUCCUCAUACAUCAUUGGACCGGUAGCGGGGCAAUUCCCCAUCCCCUGGGGACCGCCGGAAGAAGAGCGGUUCAUCAACGGGCAGAUCACAACGAGCCCCUUUGCCUUCCAGCCGGGGACUCCCCUCGACGGCCGCUACCAGUGUCUUACCAACACGAGCCUCCUCCCGCCCCUAGUUGUCACAGCCCCCUGCUUCACGGCAGCCAGCACCGACUCCCCCAACCUUGCUGACAAGUGGACUUGGAAUUUCCAGAAUAGGACGGUCAACCCCUGGGUCGGGCUGCAGUAUCGGCAGCCGGGGGCGUAUUGUCUCGAUGGCGGAUCCCUCAGCAUUGCCCCCGGGAGCGUGUACUCAGACGCCUUCAUUUUGAUCGCGCCGUGCGUCGACAGAGCCCCCGCACAGCAAUGGGCCUGGGAUGGCGCGUAUCUUCAGAUUGUGCCGACCAUUCAAAAGGACCGGUGGUUCGCGGUCAGCGCGCAGGACGCGACGCACUUCCAGCUGACGAGUAACCGUUCGCUGGCGGCGCCGCUCAACUUCGUAUUGCCACCAUACACCAACAUCUCGACGUACACAAUUCAGCCUGGCAGUGUCCACUCCGAUCCCAACGGCGUAACUCUCGCGAUUCCAAGCAACAUCGGCGACGGGCCGGGGCCGUGUCCGUACGGCCCCCACGCGGCCGGGACGUUUUCCAGUUCUGUCGACUGUUCCGCCAGGUGCGACGCCACGCCCGGCUGCCUCGGGACCAACUUCGGCAUUUCGGGGGGCAUCGGGUGCUGCUAUCUCAAGGCGUACUUUCCCCCCGCAACGACGUCGAGCACCUCAGGCUACAGUACGUACGUCAAGGGCACGGCAGCGGAACCCUGGUUUCCAGCACUAAACCUCCCCUCCAGCCCCCGGGCCCCCGCACCCGCUCCCGGCCCCCAAGUUAACCCGAUACUUAACCCAGAACCCAGUUCGAGCUCUGCUUCCGCGGCCAUUGCCGGGGGGGUGGCUGGCGGUGUCGCUCUGUUGGCCCUCUUAGCGGUUCUCGGCUUUUGCUGCAUUUGGGGCCGUCGACGCAGGCGGCGUGCCGAGCCACCGGCCGAGGAUCCUGAGGGGAGCGAUUAUGAGAAGUCCGCGGCGCCCUAUGCGCCCAGCAUGGCGUCACCUGGCAGCAAUGUGAGCAGUCACCAAGCCUUCCUCCCGUGGAAGGAGUACCGGUACGAGGAGCUGUUCCUGGCAACCGGGCACUUUUCGCGGGCGAAUCUGCUCGGCGAAGGCGCGUUUGGGAGCGUCUACCGGGGCGCGCUGCCGGACGGGACGGCCGUGGCCGUCAAACAGCUCAAAGCCGGGCCGAAGAACGCGGCAAAGAGCGACUUCGAGGCGGAGGUGAGCGCUCUGAGCCGCGUAAGCCACAAGAACCUGAUCGCGUUCCGGGGUUACUGCGUAACCAGCGACAGUUACUACCUGGUUUUGGACCUGGCAUCCCGAGGCAAUCUGGACGUGGCGUUGCGGAGACCGCAGAUGCGGACAGAUGUGCAAGUUCUCACGUGGUCCGAGCGCCUCCAUAUCGCGGCGGCCGCAGCACACGGCAUAGCGUAUCUGCAUUACGACUGCUCCCCUGCGUUCAUCCACAGGGACAUAAAGGCGGCCAACAUCCUCUUGGAUUCGAAGCAGUACGCUAAGGUCGCCGACUUCGGGCUCGCGAAGCUGAUGGACGAUCAGGACGACGCCGGCACGAUGACAUUAAAGGGCAGCUGGGGAUACUUGGCACCGGAGUACGCACUCCAGGGACAGGUCACCAAAAAGUCGGACGUCUACAGCUUUGGCGUGGUUCUCUUGGAGCUCCUCACCGGCCGCCGCGCUCAGCGCGCCUUCCCCAACGGAACGCGCCAAAAUUUGACGGACCAGGUCAUUGCUCUCCUCCGGCAGGGCGCCCCCGUUCCGCUUGAUCCGCUCCUCAAGGAAGACGUUCCGCCGGAACAAGCCGCGUACCUCCUGAACAUCGCGCUCGCCUGCACCGACCUGCAAGAUUACAUGCGCCCGUCCAUCGGUGAAGUGUACCGGGCGCUCGAGGGCCUCGCCAAAGGGGUUGUCGGCCCGAGCUUCUUCCGGUCGGACGGCACCCUACGGCCCGGCGAGUCCAUUCCGCCGGGGGUCGUGAUUCCGGCGGUUCCGGUGUUUAGGUUUGGGACCCCCGCGGGCACACCCGAGGCGAGCUUCGCAUCGGGGCGAGGCGAGACGGUGACGUCCUUUGCGGGGACCGACGUCAGCGCGGUGUCGUCCGUGAGUAACGACGUGAGUCAGAUCCUGGAUGGGCGGUAGCUACACUGCAGAGCUGUGAUACCGGUUGUAUGGACAAGAGGAGAGCUGCGUCCGUUUCUGAACGGCAAACGUACAAGUGCAAGCGCGCUCCCUAAGCAUCGAAUGACGGCCGUCAAAGGGGAGUGAGGGGUUCGACCAAGUUCGUCGCGGCAAGCGACGCGUCGUUUGGAUUGAGGGUCAAAUGUCCGACAGGCCGAACAAUGGGAUGCCAAGUGUAUUAAUGGUUGCAAUAGAGGAACUAGAUCGACGCCUUGCACUCUAGUUCAGUAACUUAUUGAACCGAUGCUGCAUUUGCUGCCGCUCCGAAUAUAGCUUGAGAGGUCCGACCAAGCGCCACUUACAGUACAAAAGCUUAACUUGAUUACGAUUCGCUCACCAGUGGGACCCGUUUAGGCUUCUCUACGAGAGAGCUCUUACAAGCGGCGCGAGAGGAAUGGAAUUGACACGGUGGUUCACUACGGCCCUAGUAAGCGGAAGCCUGACAGCUGUAUACGAACAUGAUAGCAGUCCAAUCUGUACAUUCAGAAAGAUGUCGUUUGUACUAUAUUGCCAAGCGCUUCCAGGCUCCAUUGUCGUGGAUAUGAGGUGUAGAAAGUUGGUUCGCUGAAUGUCUGAAGCGAGUAACGGCGACUGAUCCCCGUACGUUCAGCCGGCCGCGUGACCGCGUAAUCUGCGUUUGUAGAUUUCUCUCAAGCUAGUCCAAUUUUUCAAUCGUUAAUAGACGUACAUGAUUGGCCAGAAGCCAGGUAAUUUCUGACCCGGUGUUCGAGCUUCUUGUACGUGUUGGAAUUGCACGUUUCACGGAU